UUUUUUUGUUUUCAGGUGAGACCAUGUUUUUCUUCGGCCAUUGACCUUACUUGUUUAAUGUUGACCUUUUCGUUCUCAUCAUUAGUCGGCUUAGAAAUCAAUUGAUUUGUUCGAUCUUGAAUAGCUGUUUGGACAGUUGCGAUGCCGAUUCUAGAGGAGGAAGAGACAGUCAAUGAGACUAGUGGUGUUGUCUUGGCAGCAGGAGGCGCGGAGGGGGUGGCGCUUCAGCAGCAGGGAUGGGACUUCAACAUGGGUGCGAAUAACCCGUCUGUCCCCAAGAAGAAAAACGGACUAAAACACGAUCACAGCACGCUUCCAAGAAAUGCGGAGCUGUACAGUCAUUUGUACAAGUACUCGUUUGAGGAGACGCCGCUGCGUGUGGCCGUCAUCACCUACAUAGCCUAUGCAAUCCUGAUAGUGUUCGGAUACCUCAGAGAUUUCCUCAGAAACUUCGGCUUCGAGAGUGUUCGAAAGGCAAAAGAGAACCCUAAGCUAAAGGACUUUGUGCCGCUGUAUGCUGACUUUGAGGCGUUCUUCACCCGCAACUUGUACAGGAGGAUUAGAGAUUGCUACAACAGACCCAUCUGCAGUGUGCCAGGGGGAGAGAUAGAUGUGAUGCUGCAGAAGAGCGACGACCACUUCUGGAACAUCGAGCUGACGGGAAAGACGAAAAGAUGCAUCAACAUGGGUUCAUACAACUACUUGGGUUUUGCAGAGGGCGAGAAUGGACCCACCACUCCAGACGUGGAGCACAGCAUACGCAAAUGGGGAGUCGGUUGCGCAUCCACUCGUCAGGAACUGGGCACCUCUUCGCUGAACAGCGAGCUAGAGAGUGUGGUGGCCGAGUACUUGGGAGUUGAGAGUGCGAUGGUGUUCGGCAUGGGCUUCGCCACCAACUCCAUGAACAUGGCAGUGUUCGCCACCAGAGGAUGUCUCAUCAUCUCAGACCAACUCAACCACUCCUCGCUCAUCGUCGGAGCCAGACUCACAGGCGCCACCAUUCGCACUUUCAAACACAACGACAUGGCUAGCCUGGAAGCGAAGUUGAAGAAUGCAGUGAUAUGUGGGCAGCCGAGGACACACAGGCCGUGGAAGAAGAUCCUGGUGGUGGUUGAGGGCAUCUACUCUAUGGAGGGAUCCAUUGUGAAACUGCCAGAUGUUGUGAGACUGAAGAAGAAGUACAAGGCCUAUCUCUGGCUGGACGAGGCACACUCAAUUGGUGCCAUCGGGCCCCAGGGAAGGGGCGUGGUCGACUAUUAUGGCCUGAACCCACGUGACAUUGACAUCAUGAUGGGCACAUUCACGAAGAGCUUCGGAUCGUGCGGAGGAUACAUGGGGGGAUCGAAGGCUCUGAUUGGCUACCUCAGAACAAACUCACAGAGUGGAAACUAUGCCAACAGCAUGAGUCCCCCAGUUGCCCAGCAAAUCAUAUCUGCCAUGCGAAUCAUUAUGGGCAAAGACGGAACCAACAAUGGCGCGGAUAGGCUGCAGCAGCUGCACAGAAAUACGCUCUACUUCCGCAGACGUCUCAAACAGAUGGGACUGAUUGUCUACGGCAGCGAUGACUCACCAGUGGUGCCUAGCAUGCUCUUCAUGCCAGCAAAGAUCGGUGCCUUCUCCCGGGAGUGUCUAAAGCGGAGCAUUGCGGUGGUAGUUGUCGGCUUUCCCGCCACACCCAUUAUCGAGUCCAGAGUCAGAUUCUGCCUCUCCUCUGGACACUCGAAGGAAAUGCUGGACAAGGUUCUCAAUGUGGUGGACGAAGUCUCAACGGGUAUGGGACUAAAGUACUCUCAGUUGCCAGCCAGCACAGAGCGAAUAGAGUACUAACGAUGCUGAAAGAAAACGUCCAAGCUGAACUUACAUACAAUGCACUACACAAAGCAAGGCGACACAAACUGCUCGAACUUGCUCAAUUUUCAUAGUUUGAAAUAAUCGCAAUGAAAGUAGUUUUUUUCCAACAGCAUAUCGUGAAUUAUUUUUUUAUUUCGUCAAAGUAUUUUAACCCCCUCGACAAAUGAAUUUUGCGUUCAAUCAAACAAAGACUACCCAGGUAAACCAGCUCAGCGUCAGUGUGUUUUAUCAAAAAAGUAAAGCUUCAGUGACGCAUCUGUUUGUAUAUUGUAAAAAAGAAAAUAUAAUUUUGAAAUGGUUUACAGUAGACAAAGAAAACAGUUUCUCAAUUAUUGUUUUGUUAGUAAAUGACGUUGUAAUUAUUGAAUCUUCUUUUGAAGUUAAUUUUUCUGCGGAU